AUGGGGAGAAAAAGAGCGAGCGAGAGAGAGUGGGAACCCAGCGUUACUUAUCUGAGUUAUGCAAGUUCUCAGAAUGGUAUAAGAAAUUAUGACUUCGAAAAUAGAGGUGCUGAGAGGCCAAUAUUACAAGCAAUGAACGAAUUUUCUGCGAAUUCUAGCCAUGAAGCUUUAGGUUCUGGAUAUCUAUGCCUUGUGAUAACCAGUACUACCAACGAAGAAAUAAACUCGAUGCCAGACAUUUCAUCAAUUAAUGGAAACAAAAUAGGACAAGAUGCACUUCAGCAAAUUCAUGGACUGCUUAGAAAUUUUUUCCAACAACAAAUUAAUAUAUUUUGCAAUGAAUCACUAAUGAUUUUUGACGAUUUUGAGAAGCCCAUCAAACUUGACUUAAAAAUACCAGAUUUUAAUUUACUUAAUUUUUUUACCGACCUUCGCGAAGUAUUAACUUUUAAACUUUACACUAAAGAAUCCGGCGAUGAAUUUCACAUUUUGAGAGUAAAUAAUCAAACGGCACUAAAAGAAAGUAAUUUUAAUAACGAACGACACACCUACAUCAUCACGCAUGGAUUUGCGACUUCUUCCGACGGUCCAUCAUGCACUUUAGUUCGAUAUGCUCUGCAAAAUACAACAGAUUCGAAUAUCAUCACCGUAAACUGGAGCCCUUUAGCUAAUGGUUUUUAUGAGGUAGCUAGAUUAUUUGUUCCACGUGUAGGAAAAUACAUUGGAAAAUUAAUCAAUAUUCUAUACAAAAAUGGAAUGAAACCUGAAGCGACAACUCUUAUCGGUCAUUCUCUUGGAGCGCACGUUAUGGGAAUUGCUGGUCAAACUCUAAAUGAAAAAGUAAACCAUACUAUAGGUCUGGAUCCAGCUUGGCCUCUGUUUUUUGCUGUUUCUGCAAAUGAUCGUCUUUCACCUGACGAUGCUCUUCAUGUGGAAGUCAUACACACAGAUGCUGGAUUAUUGGGUUACCCAUUCAAUUUGGGCCUUUACGAUUUUUAUCCAAAUGGAGGCUUCUUACAACCAGGUUGUCACAACGAUUUUUUUUCUGCCUGCUCUCAUGGACGAUCUUAUAGAUACUUAGCAGAACAAAUAUCAAAUCCUGGUCCUGACUUCUGCUCAUUGAACUGCAUAUCCUAUUUGCAAUUUAUUGAGAAAAAGUGUACAAAUGAAACUACAUUCAUGGGUGGAAUCCGCAGUUAUCCAGCAAAUCAAGGAACAUACUAUCUGAAAACUAAUGACACAGAACCUUUCGGUUUAAGAACACAAUGCGCAUAA